UUCUCAACAUGAUUGAUGACCAGGAUCUCAUUGCUGGAACCAAUGAGAAACUUUACAUGUUAAAAUGCAUAUUUAAUUCUAUUUAUAUAGUGUAGGUGGAAUAUUGUGCCUGUGUGCUUUUUUUAUUUUAUUUUUUCUUCAAGCGGAAAGACUUGUUUUAAAGCAAUUUGCGUGCAUUACUUAAUGGCUUUAUACACCCAGCGAUCUACAAUAAAUUGGUAAACUGGAGCAAAGUAUUCUGUUGUAUUGUUGCUUGCUUCUUGCAGGAUCCUGUAAGUGCAUACUUGAAAAGCUGUCAACCCUUUGCUGGGCUCGUACAUGCAAAAUUAAACUACGUACAGUAUGCUAGAGUGGAAGCAAUUUCUGAUAGAACACUGAAUGACUUCAAUCAAUCAUCUGGGGAUAGAUUCCAUGGAGCUUUGAUAGCCAGUUUUCUUUCACUGAGUCUGUGCUUGCAGAAGGCUCUGUUCAAGACUGUUACUGGAUUUGUUAGCUCCCAUUGUGUUGAACUGUGCAGCCUGGGCAUGCUGAGGGGUAGUGAUGGUAUUUUACAAAUGUUUAUUCAGACACCACUUCUGCUCAGUGUACUUUGUUUGGCUGGAUAGUUUGGAAUUCAAGCUAUGAAACUAGUUCCAUGUAUCUGAAGAUGUUCUUCAACUCAUCAUUACUACUGGCAACAUUGUGACGUUUGAGCUGGCAACAAAUUCUGUUUACCUUCUUUACAAACACUGUUAUUAAUGAAAACACCUAGUUUUGAUUCUGACGUCUGCAUGCUUAUUUAUUUAUAGGGAUGGUCACUAUUUCCCUAGAAGCAGAAGACAUAUAUAUAUAUGUGUCACAUUAGGAAACCACCCAUAUUCAAGAAGUAGUUGAAGAACAAGUUUGAAGAAUUUGAUGGCUUCACUUAGAAGAGUCAAAAUCUUGUUGGUAUUGAACCUAAUUGCAGUUGCUGGAUUUGUCCUCUUUUUGGCCAAGUGUAGACCAAUUACCGUGAAAGGUGGAGAGUCUUUCCAUGAAAUCCAUCCAAGGUCAGAAGUCACCAACUUAAGUUCCCUUGGAGUCAACCCAAUUCAGGAGGCUGUGCUGAAAAGGCUUUCCCUUCUGGAGGACAUAGUCUACAGACAGCUAAAUGGUUUAUCUAAGUCACUUGGACUUAUUGAAGGUUAUGGUGGUAGGGGAAAGGGUGGACUCCCUGCUACCCUUACUCCUGAUGAAGAAGAAAAAGCCAAAGGACAACAUGACAAAUAUGGCUACAAUUCCUACCUCAGUGAGAAAAUUUCACUGGAUCGAUCAAUUCCAGACUAUAGGCCAACAAAGUGCAAUAAACUGAAGUAUCCUAAGGAACUACCCCAGAUUUCAAUCAUUUUUAUCUUUGUUAAUGAAGCCCUGUCUGUGAUUUUGAGAUCAGUUCACAGUGCAGUGAAUCACACCCCUGUCCACCUUCUGAAGGAGAUUAUACUAGUGGAUGACAACAGUGAUGAAGAAGAACUAAAGGGGCCUUUGGAAGAAUAUGUCCACAAGCGAUAUCCCGGAUUGGUUAAAGUGGUCCGAAACCAUAAGCGAGAAGGUUUGAUUCGUGCUCGAAUAGAAGGUUGGAAAGUUGCCACUGGGGAAAUCACUGGCUUUUUUGAUGCACAUGUAGAAUUUACAGCUGGCUGGGCGGAGCCAGUUCUUUCUCGGAUACAAGAAAAUCGGAAACGGGUAAUUUUGCCUUCUAUAGACAAUAUUAAGCAAGACACAUUUGAAGUUCAACGAUAUGCGAAUUCAGCUCAUGGAUACAGUUGGGAACUCUGGUGCAUGUAUAUUAGCCCUCCCAAAGACUGGUGGGAUGCAGGAGAUUCAUCUCUGCCAAUCAGAACCCCUGCAAUGAUUGGCUGCUCGUUUGUGGUGAAUAGACAGUUUUUUGGAGAGAUUGGGCUGCUAGAUCCAGGAAUGGAUGUUUACGGUGGAGAAAACAUUGAGCUUGGAAUAAAGGUAUGGCUAUGUGGUGGGAGCAUGGAAGUCCUCCCGUGUUCAAGAGUUGCUCAUAUAGAACGCAAAAGAAAACCUUACAACAACAACAUUGAUUUCUACACUAAGAGAAAUGCUUUACGGGUAGCUGAGGUUUGGAUGGACGAUUACAAAUCUCAUGUUUAUAUUGCAUGGAAUUUACCAUUAGAGAACCCAGGAAUUGAUAUUGGUGACAUAUCGGAAAGAAUAUCUUUAAGGAAAAACUUAAAAUGCAAGAACUUCCAGUGGUAUCUCGAUAAUGUUUAUCCAGAAAUGAGGCGAUACAAUAAUACUGUGGCUUACGGAGAGCUCCGGAACAACAAAGCAAAAGAUGUCUGUUUAGAUCAAGGCCCACAGGAAAAUCAUACCGCUAUAAUGUACCCGUGUCAUGGAUGGAGUCCUCAGCUUGGCCGAUAUACUAAAGAAGGAUACCUUCACCUUGGAACACUUGGAAGCACGUUUCUCGUGCCUGAUACUCGCUGUUUAGUUGAUAAUAAGAAAAGCAAAUUCCCACAACUUAUGGAUUGUGACAAAGUAAAAAGCACACUACAUAAACGCUGGAGCUUUAUACAGAAUGGAGCAAUCAUGAACAAAGGGACUGGACGUUGCCUUGAGGUUGAAAGCAGGGGAAAUGCUGGUAUCGAUUUGAUCCUUAGGAGUUGCACAGGUCAAAGGUGGACAAUUAAAAACUUUAUUAAAUAGGAACAAAUCCAGCCAGUAUAUUGGUUGACCUUCAAGCUGCUGUAUGUGGAAGAAAAGGAAACCAAGUCUAUCUUUCCAAGAUGAAUAAAAUGUUUAUACACACAUUUGCCAAAUUUUUCACAGUUACAUGAAAUUCUCCUCUUUUCUUUUAAAGCUGGCAUGGGUUCAGAACUUUAUCUUGCAGAAUUUAAAUUUAACUGCAUCCAUUAUGUUUAUUCUUGGGAAUUUUUAAUGGGCCAUUACAAAUCUAUUCAGUUUGCAUGCUUGUUGGUUUGUUAAAUUACUUAACGUCUUUUUAGGCUACCACCGAAGUUUCACUUUAAUCCCAAAGGAUAAUUGGCACAAACAAAAACUUUUUAUUUCUUGCAGAAAAGGUAACACUUCAGAUGCCGUGAUGAUGUUCAAUACAUUGUGAAGACAUGUAUUUUUCACUCAUUUGGCAUACAAAAGGCUGCAAGUAUAUGAAUCACAUAGUUUAGCAUCAACAUUUCUUUUUUUGUUUUAGCUGAAUACUCCAAAAAGGGUCAGCUACAAAUUAACAGUUGUCAAAAUACUAUGAAAAAUCCAUGCCACUAUGAAUGCCAUAUGUUAAAUAUUUGCCUGCAAUGCUUUUCUUUUUUCAACUGAAAUCGGUCAUUCUUUAAUAAAAAGGUCACAUUUAAUUUA